AUGGACCUCAAAGAUUUGCUGAGUCACGAGCUUGGUCCCCUUCCAUGGUCGUUGGCUUCAUCCGAUGGUUCAUUAGCCAACACAAACAAAGCAAUUCUUUCCAAGCUACUCGAAAAUGGAGUAGAAUGCCAGCCGACUUUACCCGAUCUGACAACAGCUGUCAUCAUAGACGCCAUGGCGAUGCUGCAGACGCUAGUAAUGGUACCUGAUAGAUUUUCUGAGCUGGCAGACAUGGUGAUGACCAGAAUUCUGAUAGAGGCUGGAGAGGCAGCAAGAAUCGACUUUGUAGGAGAUCAAUAUCCAGCUAACUCAAUUAAAAACACCGAGAGGAACAAUCGAGGCAGAGAUGGUGAGAGAGUCAUCAACAUUACCAUAACAUAA